GGCCUUUCUUUUUUUUAUCCUUUCUUUCCUCCCCUACAGUUGCGCGCGCACAGACAAAUACCCAUGUUUGCUGAGCCAAUAACAUUUCCUUCUGCAACCAACAUUUCUAAACUAUCAGCAAGUCCGACAACAAAGAUUCCUGAGGCUACAGAUUGGAUACUACAAGACUUUUACAACACAGUAACACUAUCUAAAGAAUCACCAAGUUUGUUGACAGAUGCACUCAUCAUAGCCGUCAAGACAACAGCUUGGGAUGAUGUCUCUUUGCCGGAUUUAGAAGAAGAGAGUGGCGAAGAAGAAGAAGCCGAUGAUGACGAAAAACAAGCCGAGGAAAGGGCGCAAGAGGAAGUGCUGAACGAGACUAUCGACCAGAUUAAGCCAAACACGACAUCAUGUACAACCAAUAUGCCAUCCCGACCAAAUAGUGUAAAGAAAAAAGAAUCCAACUUGUCCCUUAGUUCACUAAAGUCGGGCUUAAUGAGCAUGUUUUACAAACCAAAAACAAUAGCCAAGUCGACAAAAUUCUUUAAACGAGUGUUCAAACGAUAACUUUGUACAUAUAUCAAGGAAAACCUUUCUUCUUCUUCUUCUAAUGUUUGUUGUUGAUCAAUAAUAAUAAUAAAGGUUCUCAUAUAAAUUACUUAUAUAUUUGACAGCAUGACGACCUCAUGGUUCAUGUUGUACAUGUACUAAACUGAUCCCACACAAGUGCUCUAGGUUACUUGUUCCCAUGACAACUUUUUU